AUGAUUGGGAGGGGAUUGGAACACCUGAAUCACAUGAUAUGGAGGGGAUUGGAACACCUGAAUCACAUGAUAUGGAGGGGAUUGGAACACCUGAAUCACAUGAUAUGGAGGGGAUCGGAACACCUGAAUCACAUGAUAUGGAGGGGAUCGGAACACCUGAAUCACAUGAUAUGGAGGGGAUCGGAACACCUGAAUCACAUGAUAUGGAGGGGAUCGGAACACCUGAAUCACAUGAUAUGGAGGGGAUCGGAACACCUGAAUCACAUGAUAUGGAGGGGAUCGGAACACCUGAAUCACAUGAUAUGGAGGGGAUCGGAACACCUGAAUCACAUGAUUGGGAGGGGAUUGGAACCCCUGACUCACAUGAUUGGGAGGGGAUUGGAACCCCUGACUCACAUGAUUGGGAGGGGAUUGGAACCCCUGACUCACAUGAUUGGGAGG